CUACCUACCAAUCAACGAGCCGACAAACAAACAAACAAACAAGCACCUAAGCUAACUACCUCACCUCCCUUCCUCCCCAGAAUCCGAUCCCACAAAACCAACCAUUACCACCACCACCACCACCACCAAAAUGACCACCCAACCCCGCUUCUCCCCCGCCGAUAUCACCGUGGUCUUCAUCCUCGGCGGCCCCGGCAGUGGCAAAGGCACACAAUCCAGCAACCUAGUCCGCGACUACGGUUUCACCCACCUGAGCGCCGGCGACCUCCUGCGCGCUGAGCAAGUCCGCGAAGGCAGCCAAUACGGCGACCUCAUCAAGACCUACAUCCGCGAGGGCAAGAUCGUGCCCAUGGAGAUCACCGUCGCAUUGCUGUCCAACGCCAUGGCCGACGCCCUGGCCUCCGGCGAGAAACAACAGCAAGCGGGUGGCCCCAAGCCCCGCUUCCUCAUUGAUGGGUUCCCCCGCAAGCUCGACCAGGCCGUGUUCUUCGAGGAUACCGUGUGUCCGUCGGAGAUGACCUUGUUCUUGGAUUGUCCUGAGGAGGUCAUGGAGACGAGGUUGUUGAAGCGUGGAGAGACCUCCGGUAGGGAUGAUGAUAAUGCGGAGAGUAUCCGGAAGAGGUUCCGUACGUUCGUCGAGACUAGUAUGCCUGUUGUCAAGGCGUUCGAGGAGCAAAAUAAGGUGGUUUCGGUGACGGCGACGGGAUCGGUCGAUGAGGUGUAUGAGCGCAUUCGCGAGGGUUUCAAGAGUAAGGGCAUUAAUCCUUUGUAAGGUUGGUUUUUUUGGGUUCUGAAAAUAUUAUAUCAUGUGUGUAUGGUUGGGUGGUACAUAGAUGGAUAGAUGGUAGGUAGAUACGUGAGAGCCACAUUGAUGGGUAGUAAAUUUAACUACAUCAUAUCCUGAUUACUACUGUAUAUAU